GUCGAGCACAAGAGAAAGGGAGGAAUUGACAUGAGUACGUAGAGACGGUAGUAAUUCUUCACAAGAUACACUCUCAUUGGCGGCUGACUGCGUGUUAUUUGGUCGAGGGCUAACAGUGAGACCAGUGAAGACACUCCCGUUAUUUCGACAACUCGUUCUCAGUCAUCCAAAAACUAAUAAUAUCGACGAGUGCCGCCACUUGUCACACCGAUAUCAAGCAGCGCCAGCGUGUCUUCUCCAAUUCAAGCUCGCGAUCCAAGUAACUGGCCGGCUUUAAGUCCUUUUCGCCGUCUUCUACGCGCGACCAUUACCAAGAAACACAUCAUCGAUGCAUUACGGCAUGGAGCAAACGUUCGGGGAGGUGAACCAGCUCGGCGGCGUGUUCGUCAACGGCCGACCGUUACCAAACGGAAUACGGUUGCGAAUUGUGGAACUGGCCCAACUGGGAAUUCGACCUUGCGACAUCAGUCGACAACUGAGGGUGUCCCACGGGUGCGUCAGCAAGAUCCUAGCUCGCUACAACGAGACCGGUUCGAUACUCCCUGGGGCCAUCGGGGGAAGUAAACCCAGGGUGACCACGCCGACUGUCGUUAAACACAUAAAGGAGUACAAACGGAUGGACCCGGGUAUAUUUGCCUGGGAGAUCCGCGACCGGCUCAUAGCCGACAAUGUCUGUGACAAAUACAACGUCCCUUCUGUCAGCUCAAUCAGUCGCAUACUGAGGAACAAAGUCGGCAACAACACCAUACAGCAUCUGCAGCACAGUGGUUAUGACCCGGUGAAAGACCACCACCGACCGAUGUACAACCCGCUGUACCCGUAUCCCUGUGGACCAGGGCCUGCCAAUACAAAAUCUAUAACCACUAACCAAGCCGCACUCAGGUGGCCGUCCUCACAUUCAGUUCACGACAUCCUAGGAUUUCGACACGCCGGGAUGAUGGGACAGGGGCCAGACCACCAAGGGCCAUUUGCCAUGUAUCCAGAUAGCACCGGCCAUUCGCACGCUGCUAGUAGUCUGGCUGACUAUUCGAGACCACCGCACCAUGCUACAACGGGCUACCCUGGACCAGCAGACCACCAGCGGAGCAGCAUGCAUUGCGAGUCGGUCAAAGCAGAAAAAUCUCACUUGGAAGGCGAUACUGGCAAGAUGUCGAUCUCGCCAACGGACCCCUCUCUUCCAAAUGUGGGUAGCUUCGUGCCGUCAACUUUAACGAUAUCGCCAUAUCAUCACCCGAACCCCACGUACGUCCCUACAUACGGUGCUACUACUGCCAUGUCCAGCUCCCUCGGCCACAGUGUCUGGCAUUCCGGUAACGGCUUCCCUUGUUCAUCGGGGACCAACUUGAACUCAGACGUGCUCAGACCAGCGGCAUUGGCGUACAAACCCGUGGUGACAACGUCGUCGUGUUCAGUCGUGGAAAAUGCGUCACACCAACAUACCAAUUCGAUGGCACUUAUCCAGUCAACGCAAUCCAGUUAAAAUCGAUCAGUUUAAAACAAGAAGCAUUCUUCAAGAGACUAGAUGCGCUGUCUUUCAUUCGACGAACUUCGGACGUUUUUCUUUGCGAGCAGUUAUUCACACGUGAUGCAGAGUUGUCAGACCGUCGCAUAUAGAACGUGCUGCACCCCCCCUCCUCCCAAGAACUUUGUUACUGAACAUUACCUAACAAUAAUGAAACAAAACGCCCCACUCAUCUGCAACUAUGGAUUACAAUUGUAUUACAAUUAUGCGGCACUGACAAGAACUAUCUUCCAAACGAAGUAAAAUACAGAGAAAAAAAAUAGACCGGAAACUCGACGAGAAGAACGGAACGCGUUUACAUCAUAUUUGUAGCGAGAACUGUCAAUAGUACGUAUUUCAAAAGACCGACAAGUAUUGUAAUAAAACAACAAUGACGUCAGCGACAUGAACUGUGCCAUGUGCACGUAAAUUAUUUUAUUUGAUGCAGUAGAUCUGUUUUAAUAUUCUACUUGUAACCAUAAUGGUGUAGUCGAUUAUUUUAUUUCACCUAUUUUAGCCGUAGUUUUAAAUGAUAGUUGUUUAUAAAGAGCCAUAAGUUUAAAUAUCAUGUGCUAUAUUUUAGAUUUCAGAAAGAGAAUCAAAUAUCGGACUUUGAAUUGUUUAUAUGUCUAUAUUUUUGCAUAUUUGGUGAAGUAUAUAUUUUUUUGAAAUGUUUUAGUUUGUAAAAUUAUGUUAAGUUGGCUGUGUCUUAUAAUUAUUCUGAAAAUAAUUUGCUUUCUAUGUUUACCCGCGAGAGAUUCGACUUAUAAAAAGUUGAACAAAAAAGAAUAUAUGUGUCAAUUUAUUUUAUGUACUUAAGAAAAGUUGCAUUGUUCGUUUAAAACAUCCGCUUUGUGUGCUUAAUUGAUAUAUAUUUUGUUUUGCUUUUAUCAGUAUUUGUUCAUAAUUAUACACGAGAGAUUUUUUUGAAUAAAUAAAUUUGUAAAACUGA